AAAAAGGUAUGGGAAAAAUAAACUAACAAAGAAUGUAUAAAAAACUGAAAUAAUUAAAGGAAAUAGAAAUAUACAAAAGACUAUUAAGAAGUAGGUUAAAACGAAAGAAAAGACAAAUGAAAUACAUCUAUAUGUGUUGAUGUUCUGAAUUAUUAGUUAUAUUUUUUAGAUAGUAUUUCACAUUUUUUUUAUCUGGGCCAUUGAUUGUAAUAAUUGUGUGUGCACACAAGAUGUCGCUGUCGACCGUGACUUUAAAGCCCUUGUCUCAUUAUUAAUAAUCCGCCCUGUACAUAACAAGCUACACUCGCGCUCCGGACACUCCUCAAACCGUCGGGUUUUCUAACAUUUCUACAGUAAAUGUGGACCUGCACGAUAUCAGAACAGACCCGCUCUUUUUCAGUUACAUUGCAAAUGUUAUAAUCGUACAGAAGAGAUGACACUACAGACCUCUGGUGCUUCGGCAUGGUUAAAGGCGGCGCUACUGCUUUGUGUAAUGGCCUCGUCUCGCGGUCAGAUUUUGUACUCUUUAUCAGAGGAGGGAAAGAAGGGCACCGUCGUUGGAAACUUAGCGAAGGAUCUGAAUCUGAACGUGCAGGAGCUGGAGUCACGCAGGUUUCAGUUCGUAUCUGGAUCUAACACCAAAUAUUUCGAGGUAAAUUCAAAGACUGGAUUGUUGCUGGUUAAAGAGAGGUUAGACCGAGAGGAGCUGUGCGAAAACAAGCAGAAAUGCGUUAUGAAUAUUGAAGCCAUGGUUUACAAACCUCACAAACUAUAUCGCAUUGAGAUUAAUCUAAUGGAUAUUAACGACAAUUCUCCUGUGUUUCCCCAUCAGUCAAUGGUUUUGGAUAUUGUUGAAAAUGUACUCAUUGGGGACAGGUUUCCUGUAACCACUGCACGUGACCCGGACGUCGGUAGCAAUGCAGUGAAAAACUACAGAAUUAAAACAAACGAAUAUUUUACACUGGACGUGCAUAACGCUGGACAUCAAAGCGCUACUCCUGAGCUUGUGCUUCAAAAAUCUCUUGAUCGAGAGCGAGAGUCGGUGAUUAAGCUGGAAGUGACUGCUCUAGAUGGUGGGAGCCCUCCUAGAUCCGGGACAUUGCAGAUUGUUGUAAACGUUUUGGACGUAAACGACAACAACCCAGUAUUCACCCAACCUUUGUACAAAGCUAAAGUGCAAGAGAAUGCAGCUAUUGGCAGUAAAAUACUUACUGUUUCUGCUAUAGAUUUAGACGAAGGCGUAAACAGUGAUGUGUUUUACUCUAUUAUAAACGAUGAGAGGGAUUCUGAUGUACUUUUGUUCUCAAUAAACAAUAAUACUGGAGACAUCACAGUUACGGGUAAUAUCGAUUAUGAAGAAAGUCCAGCAAUUGAGUUGAGAAUACAAGCUCAGGAUAAAGGAACGCCACCAAGAAGGUCUAGGUGUAAAGUUUUGCUGGAGGUGAUUGAUGUAAAUGACAAUGCCCCUGAGAUUUCAGUCACUCUGCUAAUGAGCUCAGUCAGUGAGGAUAUUAAACCUGGAGCUGACGUGGCUUUAAUUACAGUUUCAGAUAAAGAUGAUGGUAAAAAUGGAAAAGUGUAUUGUAAGAUAGUAGGGAAGUGUCCGUUCAGACUACAGUCUUCCUAUAAAAACUCUUAUUCCCUUGUGGUAAACGAACCACUGGAUAGAGAACAGACCUCCUUAUAUAAUAUCACAGUAAUAGCCAGUGAUGAAGGCUCUCUUUCUCUUUCCAGCACUGGGGUUGUAGCUGUUCAUGUAUCUGACAUUAAUGACAACUCACCAUUAUUCCCUGUACCUGUGAUAAAUAUCAGCGUCAAAGAGAACAGUCCAGUAGGAGGGUUGCUGGCGUCCGUAACAGCACACGACUCAGAUAUCGGUGAAAAUGCUCAGGUAUCUUACACCUUAAUUGAUGGAGACAGCAGUAGAACUCCAGUGUCCUCUUUAAUUAACAUUAACUCUCUGACAGGUGAGCUGUACAGCCUACAGUCUUUCAAUUACGAAGAAACGAAACAGAUUCCGUUUAAAGUUCAGGCCACAGACUCUGGAAUACCUGCACUCAGCAGCAACGUGACUGUAAAUGUCUUUAUACUUGAUGAGAACGACAACAGUCCUGUUAUUUUAGCUCCUUAUUCUGAAGCUGGGUCAGUAAACACUGAGAACAUCCCUUACUCUGCUGAAGCAGGAUACUUUGUAGCUAAAAUCAGAGCUGUAGAUGCUGAUUCUGGUUAUAAUGCACUGCUGUCUUAUCACAUCACUGAACCUAAGGGGAAUAAUCUGUUCCGCGUCGGAAGCAGCUCUGGAGAAAUAAGGACUAAAAGGCGAAUGAGUGACAAUGACUUAAAAACUCACCCUCUUGUUCUAACUGUUUGUGACCAUGGAGAACCUUCUCUCUCAGCAACAGUGAGUGUGGAUGUUGUAGUGGUGGAAAGUAUGGACAGCAUGCAGCCUUCCCUACGACAAGUGCCGAUAAAGGAAGAGGGUUUCUCUGAUCUGAAUCUGUAUCUGCUAAUCGCAAUUGUCUCAGUGUCAGUGAUCUUUCUGCUGAGCCUCAUCGCUUUAAUAGCAGCUAAAUGUUACAGGUCAGAGGACCCUUUUAGCAGGUGCAGCCCUCCAGUGGUCACCACACACCCUGACGGGAGCUGGUCUUACUCUAAGUCAACUCAACAGUACGACGUGUGUUUUAGCUCAGACACGCUGAAGAGUGACGUAGUGGUUUUCCCCUCGCCCUUUCCGCCUGUAGACGCGGAGCUCAUCAGCAUUAAUGGAGGAGAUACUUUCACACGGACACAAACUCUCCCAAGCAGUGAGAAGGUAAGGGCGUGA